AUGUCUACCCUCCUCGAUACAACUCGCAACUAUUCUCUAUUCGGUGUAAGAAUACCAGCUCCGAAUCGAUCAUUGGUCCCCGCGGCAUGGCUCCUGGCUCACAUCCCUCAUGUGUACGCUGCAGUCUCGACUGAAUGCUUCGACAAUCGCUCCCCCAGAGACUUCCCAAAGAGUCUCGAAGCUGAUCAAAGGCUCGAUAAGGCUGCAUGUUCCCCUAGCCGACACUUCUCCCUCAAAAAGAACCAAAUUAGCCGAGCCCACGCCGCCGGAGCCAAUGGCUACGAAAAUGUCGGUCUUUUUGCUUCUGCGGUGGUUGCUGGAAAUGUCGCAGGACUUUCCCACUCAACAUUGAAUACCCUUACUGGAGGAUAUUUAAUCAGUCGCGUGGUUUAUAAUUUCAUCUAUAUAAACAAUGAGAGUCAAGGGGCAGCAGCAGCAAGAAGCUUGGUUUGGCUAUUCGGAAUUGGACAGAUUUUUACGUUGUUCAUCAAAAGUGGCAACCUCCUCACAAACAAGGCUGCAAACUUGUUGUAA